AUGUCUCCUGGUGACAACAAACAUGGAGACAACUAUGAAGUGUCUCCUGGUGACAACAAACAUGGAGACAACUAUGAAGCGUCUCCUGGUGACAACAAACAUGGAGACAACUAUGAAGUGUCUCCUGGUGACAACAAACAUGGAGACAACUAUGAAAUGUCUCCUGGUGACAACAAACAUGGAGACAACUAUGAAAUGUCUCCUGGUGACAACAAACAUGGAGACAACUAUGAAAUGACUCCUGGUGACAACAAACAUGGAGACAACUAUGAAAUGUCUCCUGGUGACAACAAACAUGGAGACAACUAUGAAAUGACUCCUGGUGACAACAAACAUGGAGACAACUAUAAAUGGUCUCCUGGUGACAACAAACAUGGAGACAACUAUGAAGCGUCUCCUGGUGACAACAAACAUGGAGACAACUAUGAAAUGAUCUCCUGGUGA